AUGUCAGAAGGUGAAGUUAACCCAAAAGCCUACCCGCUGGCUGAUCCAAAAUUGACGAAAGAUAUUCUUGAUCUGGUAAAUCAGGCGUUAAAUUAUCGACAAUUACGUAAAGGUGCAAAUGAAGCAACAAAAACAUUAAAUCGUGGGAAAUCAGAAGUUAUUAUAAUGGCAGCCGAUACACAACCAAUUGAAAUAUUAAUGCAUUUACCAUUACUUUGCGAAGAUAAAAAUGUUCCCUAUGUUUUUAUUAGAUCAAAACAAGCACUUGGUCGCGCAUGUGGUGUUACUCGUCCAGUCAUCGCUGCAUCGAUCACAGUCAGUGAAGGUAGUCAAUUGAAACAACAAAUAAUAACAUUAAAACAAAAUAUCGAUAAAUUGUUCACAUAG